GCAUGCUGCCUCGUAUGCCUUAUCGGCGUGCAAUUGAAUUAAAUCUGAUCAAAAAGGGAACGCACCCGAGCUAUAAUACAGACGUAAUCUUCUUUCGUUUCAAUUUCUUGGCAGAAAUAGAUUUUGAGCUUAAAAAAGUUGUUCGUGAUAUUGAACUGGCCGAGUUUCUCGCGGACGAAGGAGUACUGGUACCCGGAAACGAUGCUGAAACAUUCAUGCUUUCCGCACUUCUUGUGCGCCAACUAGUGGUAUCAAUCGAUUGGGCUAGCUCUAAUCGAUUAGCAGCCUUAACUAUAGUUACAAAAUUUACCAAUGCUGAAUAUCUUACCAAAAGCAUUAAAGUCAUUAUACAGUUCAUCGGAGUUUAUUAG